AUGUCCCUUCACUGUUGUCAAUUAAAUUCAUCAGAAAGUGUGUAUCAAAUAUCUCCAAGCCAAACCUUAUCUCCAAUGAGAAAAAAAAGAAAACAAUAUACAAUUACAAAAAAGAGAGAAGUUUGGACACAUGAAGAACAUGCCUUAUUUGUUGAAGGACUUUCUUUGUACCACAAAGAUUGGAAACGAAUAGAGGGACAUGUUAAAACUAAGACAGUAGUUCAAAUUAGAAGUCAUGCUCAAAAAUAUUUCUUAAAACAAGUAAAACAAAAUAACAGUAAUUCUUCUUCUCGUAGUAUCUCUCCAAAUUCUUCUGAAUUUCCUCAUGACAAAAGUCCAUCAAUAAAAAGAAGAAAUUCACUUUCUGCAUUUUCACCUGCUGCUCCAAGUGAAUUUACUGUAACUUCAUUUUCAGAGAAUAAUUCUCCAAAGAUGAGCUUAUCACCAAUGAAUGAAGAACAUUCAACUACAAUCUUCCAUCCAAUUUAUACUGAUUAA